AUGAGACUGACCACCUUAGUCUUCAGCUUGACUACUCCUCUGGUAUCUCUUGCGUUACCAGUAUCCGAAUACGUUCUACAUGCUAGAGAUGCUGGUCAAAAUGUGUCUAGCAAUACACCAGUACUAAGUCAGCAAGCCGAAUUCUCAGGUGAUGUAACUCAAUGUACUGGCUACAACGUCGAUAACACCACUCCAUCGUCCUCAGGUGGUCUUUUGAUCUAUCUCACACUCACCAAUAAAUGUUCAGCUUACGGAAAUGACAUCUCCUACCUUACCGUUUCGGUAGAAUACGAAACAUCAUCUAGAUUACAUGUCCACAUAUACGAUAAUGACAUUCAUCAAUAUCAAGUCCCUCGAUACGUUUUACCUCGUCCUGAUGGUACCACUUCGGAAGAUAAGAGCGAUUUGAAAUUUGAGUAUAAUGAUGAUCCGUUUGAAUUCUGGAUAACCCGUAAAGAAGAUAAUGCGAUUCUGUUCGAUACGAGAUCGAAGAAUAUCCCGACAUACACUGAAUCGAUUCAGAUCGAAGGUGCUUAUAGUAAUUAUACUGUCUUACCUUCUCAUCCAUUGGUGUUUGAAGAUCAAUAUCUACAACUGUCUUCGGCCUUACCUGAUGGUGCGAAUAUAUAUGGUCUAGGUGAAGUCAUAGCUGGAACGGGGUAUAGGAGAAACGAAUCUGCUACGGUUCAGACUUUCUGGACUAGGGAUGUUGGUGAUCCAGUGGAUGAGAACAUGUACGGUGUUCAUCCGAUGUAUAUGGAAGUAAGAUGGGACGAAGAACGUAAGAAAUUGAUGUCUCAUGGUGUCUUUCUGCUCAAUUCGAACGGGAUGGACGUGAUCCUAAGAGACGGUGUGAUCGAGUACAGGGCAAUUGGGGGAACUUUCGAUUUCUAUUUCUUCUCCGGACCAUCACCCAACGACGUAGCCUCUCAAUACGCACAAGCCGUAGGUCCUCCUCAAGUCAUGCCAGAAUGGUCAUUCGGAUUCCAUCUUUGUCGAUGGGGAUAUACCUCGGUCAAUGAUACGAGGACCACAGUUACGAGGAUGAGGGAAGCUGGCAUUCCAUUGGAAGUACAAUGGAAUGAUAUCGACUGGAUGAGAGCAUAUAGAGAGUUCCAAUUUGACCAAAACUACGCUCCGGACGAGUAUAAAGCUUUUGUGGAUGAAUUGCAUUCUAUGAACCAGCAUUACAUCCCAAUCAUUGAUGCUGCCAUCGGCUACCUUUACAAUGAUUCUGAUGUAUUCGACGUUUAUUCUCGUGGUCACGAGCUUGAUGUCUGGAUGAAGAACCCCGAUGGUACAGAAUACGUAGGAGCAGUUUGGCCAGGAUUCACCGUCUUCCCUGAUUGGUUCAACCCUAAGAUGCAGCAGGUUUGGACUGAGGCGUUUUACAACCUCAGUCAAGUAGUGGACUUUGACGGUAUCUGGCUCGAUAUGAAUGAACCUUCGUCAUUCGUUGAUGGCUCUGCAACCAAUUCUACCAUUCCGAUCGAGAAUACUACAGUUGUACCUCCCAAUUACACACCGCAAGCUCCUCCCGUAGAUUUCCCAGAAGGUUACUGGCCGAAUAUAUCCGGAUAUAGUGGCAACAUAACUGUAAAUGGUACUUUGACUUAUGGACAAAAUGGCACCGCACCUAAGAACACCGCGCUUCGUCGAUCAUACACCGCUGAGAUCCAACAAGCAAAGAGAAACGGAGGCUCUGGACCGAGCACACCGGAUUUGCCAGAUUACAUUCCUGACAUACCUUAUGUCGACGAACCUCCUUAUCCUAUCCGAAAUCAGGCUGGUAGAUUAUCUGCUAAGACUGUUAGUCCAAAUGCGACGCAUUAUAGGGGUUUACAAGAGUAUAAUGUCCACAACUUAUGGGGAACGAUGGAGGAGUUGGCUAUGCACGAUACUCUGCUGGAGCUUAAGCCUGGGAAAAGACCUUUCAUGGUGGCCAGAUCAACCUUUGCUGGUAUAGGUCGAAAGACUGCUCAUUGGCUUGGGGACAAUUAUUCUACUUUCGCAUACAUGAAGAGAGCCAUCCAAGGAGUUUUACAGUUCAACUUGUUUGGUAUUCCAAUGGUCGGACCUGAUACCUGUGGUUUUAAUGGUAAUACCGACGAGGAACUUUGUAAUCGAUGGAUGCAAUUGAGCGCAUUCUUCCCGUUCUACAGGAACCACAAUACGAAACUCGCUUUGUCUCAAGAACCAUAUGUUUGGGAUUCGGUACGAGAUGCUAGUAUCAAAGCUAUCAACGCUCGAUAUUCCCUCUUGCCAUACUGGCAGACUUUGUUCGCUAAAGCGUCUGAAGGCGGAACACCACCUAUCGUGCCACUAUUCCAUGAAUUCCAAAACCCUUCAUAUCUUUCAAUUGAUUCUCAGUUCCUCAUCGGACCUUCCAUAUUGGUCACACCGGUACUUCAACCAAACGAAUCAACCGUCUAUGGUGUUUUCCCUAAUGACAAUGGAGUAUUCUGGGUAGAUUGGUGGACCCAUUCUAAAGUUGAUAAUUCCAACUCUGACAAUAUCAGUAUCUCCUUACCCCUUGGUGAGAUCGGUGUACAUGUGAGAAGUGGUAGUGUGCUAUUAGUGUAUGAUCAACCGGAAUAUACCGUCAAGGAAACUAGGGAUGGAGGAUAUGGUGUUUUAGUGGCUCUUGAUGGAAAAGGUUAUGCGGAGGGGGACGCAAAAGUAGAUGAUGGAGAUAGUUAUCCAGUCAACGAAUUAACGUGUCUUUCGUUCGUCGCUUCUGAUGGGAAACUAUGUUCGACCCCUCAAGGGAAUUAUCAUAUUGAUGGACAGGUGAAUACCAUCACCAUCGUUGGGGUAUGGAACAAACCUUCCAAAUUCAGCUUAAAUGGACAAGAUGUAGAUGGUAGUCAAAUUGAGUAUGACGAUCAAGUAGGCAGGGCCAAGGUUAGCGAUGUGGGAGGUGAUUUAAACCAAGGGUGGACUUUGACUUGGGAAUGA